AUGGAUCCUUCUUUCGAUCAGGACAUACAGUCACCCGAGAAUAUGAUUGUCGAUCCUGACGAGUAUGUCGACCCGUCGGAUAACGAGAAGGAUGAUAUUGCCAUCAUAGAUCCGGAUGAACCAAGGCCAACGCCUGCUGAUGAUUAUGAAGCUAUGGCAGAGCUGGUAUUGCCACCUUUAGAUCAACAGCCUCCGAUAUUAGAGACGGUUCACAAUACUUGGGAGAUUAAAAACUGGCAUGGACUUGCCAAAAGGGAACAUGGUCCUAUUUUUGAGGCUGGAGGAUAUCCAUGGCGUAUCCUAAUGUUUCCCUAUGGGAAUAAUACCGAUAACGUGUCCUUCUACUUGGAGCAUGGAUUUGAAGACGGAAAGCCUCCGGACGAUUUUGUUUGUUGCUUACAAUUCGGCCUCGUUUUAUGGAACAAGAAUGAUCCAACACUCUACACUCAUCAUACGGCACAUCAUCGAUUUACCAAAGAUGAAGGGGACUGGGGCUUUACGCGAUUCCAUGAAACCCGCAAGCUUUUCCACCAUGUAUGGCCCGGCUCUAGUCCUCCAAGGGUUCUGGUUGAGAAUGGAGAAGCAAAUAUAACGGCGUAUGUAAGAGUAGUCGAAGACGAAACUGGCGUUUUAUGGCAUAACUUCGCCAACUACGAUUCGAAGAAAGAAACUGGAUUUGUUGGGUUGAAAAAUCAGGGAGCGACCUGUUAUUUAAACUCGCUCAUUCAGUCCCUGUAUUUUACUAAUGCUUUCCGAAAGGCAGUAUAUCAAAUUCCGACGCAGGACGAGGACACCACGACAAACAGCGCAUAUACUUUACAACGUCUUUUCUAUCAGCUGCAAUCCUCCUCCACGGCCGUGAGUACUAACGAGCUCACCAAGUCCUUUGGCUGGGAUACGAAACAGAUUUUUGAACAGCAAGAUGUCCAAGAGCUUUCUAGGAAAUUGAUGGAGCGCAUGGAAAUAAAGAUGAAGGGAACUGCCGCUGAAAACGUCCUUCCUAAAUUGUUCUGUGGAAAAGUGCGAACGUACAUCUCCUGCAUUAAUGUCGACUACGAAUCUCGCAGAGUAGAAGACUUUUGGGAUGUCCAGUUGAAUGUUAGCGGCAACAAGAACAUCGAAGAGAGUUUCCAGGAUUAUAUUCAGGUUGAGACCAUGGAUGGCGACAACCAGUAUUUCGCAGGUGAAAAUUUCAAACUCCAAGAUGCGAAGAAAGGCGUCAUUUUCGAAUCGUUUCCCGAAGUUCUGCAUUUGCAGCUCAAAAGAUUCGAGUAUGACAUUGAGAGAGACUCCAUGAUGAAGGUUAAUGAUCGUUAUGAGUUUCCAGAAACUUUUGAUGCCGCACCAUAUCUAUCGGAUGAUGCCGACAAAUCGGAAUCUUGGGUAUAUAAGUUGCACGGGGUCCUUGUACACAGCGGAGACCUCAAUGCAGGGCAUUAUUAUGCAUUCAUCAAGCCGGAAAAAGAUGGAUGGUUUUACAAAUACGAUGAUGACAAAGUAACCAAAGCCACGAUGCGAGAAGUCCUGGAGGACAAUUAUGGAGGGGAGAUGCCCCUACUGAACGGUCAAGUUUUGGACGCUUCGCAAAAGCCUAUCAUACGACAUAACAGCGCAUACAUGCUUGUUUAUAUUCGUGAAGCAAGGCUCGAUGAGGUGUUGUUCCCUGUCACCAAUGCCGAUACACCGGCUCAUCUUCAAAGAAAACUUGAAGAGGAGGCUGCUUUCAAAGAAGCCCGACGGAAGGAACGUGAAGAACAACACCUGUAUCUUACCGUCAGAGUGAUCACCAGUGAAACGUAUGCAGCUCAUGGUGGGCAUGAUCUCACUAUGUUUGACCGGAGUCAUGAGGAGGAUCCUGCGGCUGCUAAAUCCUACAAACUCCUCAAAAAGUGCACGAUUAAAGAGCUUAUCGAUGUAAUUGGUCAGGAUACUGGAGUUGACCCAAGAAGGUUACGAGUCUGGUUUAUGGUCAACCGCCAAAAUAAAACAACAAGACCGGACACGCCUGUCAUGGACUUCAAUCAAACCAUUGAAGAUGCGCAUUUGAAAUUAGCCGGUAGUAAAACACAAGAGUUACGACUGUGGGCUGAAACAGCAGAAACAGUCGACUCCAACGGUGAUGCAGUGUGGGCAACGCAUCAGUUGGCAAAAGAAGGAUCGUCCCCUAACAGAUCUGAUGAAAUUGUCAUAUUUCUUAAAUGGUUCAAUGUUGAUGCCCAGUCUCUAGUUGGGUGCGGUCACAUUUAUAUCAGUAAUCAAAGGAGAGUUGAGGAAUUAGCUCCGUUCAUUCUAAGACGCAUGGGAUGGCCAGAGGAUACCAAACUGAAACUAUACGAGGAGAUAAAACCUGACAUGAUUGAACCUAUGAAAGCGAAACAAUCACUUAAGGCAGCAGAACUCCAGGAUGGCGAUAUCGUCUGCUUCCAAAAAGCUUUGGAAAAGAGUUCUGAAAGCGGAACUGGCCGAGGUGGAAGCCCUGACAGUAAUCUCUCAAAAUCGACCACCUCCAUAGGCCAUUCCUCGGAAACCCCUUCCAACGGCUCGGUUCCGCGCUACCAGCCUGUUAAAACAUCUGAUAUCAUAGAAGAUGCCCGACAGUACUACGAUUUCCUGCGUCAUAGAAGGCUCAUUACAUUCCACUGCCAUCCAACUAAAGGUAGCAAAGAAUUUAAUUCCGAAAAUUGCGAGUCAUUUACCCUGGUACUCAGUGCAAAGCAUACUUAUGAUCAGGUGGCCGCGAAGGUAGGAGAGAAGCUGGAUGUUGAUCCGAAUUAUAUCAGAUUCUGGACCAUCGCUCAAAAUACGGGCAAUCCCAAAACAGCGAUCAGGCGGAUGUCAAAUCAAACUUUACACACUAUGGUCAGUACUAGUUACGCUACGUUUGCUGGCGCUACUAUAAGAGCAGACGCUUUAUAUUUCGAGGUUCUUGAUAUUAGCCUGGCUGAGCUAGAUACCAAGAAAUCUAUGAAGGUUAGCUGGAUCAGCGAGGGUGUCACAAAAGAGGAACAACUCGACAUACUUGUGCCUAAAACUGGAACUGUGGAUGACAUAAUUUCAUCCGUGAUCAAGAAAGCCCAAUUGGAAGACGAAGAAAAAGGUGGUCCGAUCCGAGCAUACGAAAUACACAGCAACAAGAUUCACAAAGAGCUUCCUCGUGGUUACCCAGUCAAGGAUAUCACGGAGUACAUUAACAUUAUGCUAGAGCGGAUACCGGAAGAAGAAUUAGCGCAACCUAACGGAAGUCAAUAUAUCUAUGCAUUUCAUUUUCAGAGCGAGCCAAGUAAAGUGCAUUCCAUCCCAUUUAAAUUCCUCAUCGUUCAACGAUUAGAUGAUCGAGGACGAUGGAAAGACCAUGGUGCCUUUGAUGCAGACAUUCUUCUAACCAUGAAGCCGUCUUUAAUUUGGUGCGGCCUUUUGGCAUGCAUUUCUCCUCUUGUAUCUGCGACUGCACUCACAUAUAAGCUUAGCGCCAAUGAAAAGGCAUGCUUUUACUCCAAUGUUGACAAACAAGGAGCCAAAAUAGCUUUCUACUUCGCUGUUCAAGCUGGAGGCUCUUUUGAUGUGGAUUAUGAGGUCGUGGGUCCAAAUGAGAGAGUUAUCAUGAAGGAAGAAAAGGAGCGACAGGGCGAUUUCGUCUUCACAGCCACGGAGGUGGGAGAAUACAGAUUUUGCUUCAACAAUCAAAUGAGUACAUUCUCGGAAAAGUUUGUCGACUUUGAAAUUGCUGUUGAGAAUGAGCCUCGAGCUUCCAUACCCUCAAAACAAGGCACAACUCCCGAGCAGACUUCCGCGCUGGAAGAGUCUAUCUUCAAACUUUCGGGCCAGCUAUCUACCAUUACGAGAAACCAGAAAUACUUCCGCACAAGAGAAAACAGAAACUUCAGCACAGUGAGGAGUACGGAAAGGAGGAUCUUUAAUUUCAGUGUGAUUGAAAGCUUGAUGAUGAUGUGUAUGGCGGCCUUACAAGUCUUUAUUGUUCGGUUCUUCUUCCAGGGAUUAGGGAGCCAGGAAAGGCUAUGUGUGAACGAAUUCGGUAUGGGAAGGGAGCGAAGAUGA